AUGGCUCCACCAAUCCUGCACUUCGACUAUGAGUCUUCCCCAUACGCCAGAAAGACCAAAUGGAUCCUCAACGCAGCAGGCGUCGAUUUCAAGCGUGUCGACCAGCCAAGAGUCCUGCCGCGCCCUGAUCUCGAAGCCAUGGGCAUCACGUACCGCCGCAUCCCCGUGCUGGCUGUGGGCAAAGACGUCUACUGCGAUAGCAGCCUGAUCAUCUCCAUCGUGCUGGACCUCUCUGGUAGUAAGCUCAAACGUGGAGGCGCCUCCGACAAGGCUUGGGAAGCUUGGGGCGCGGAGACGUUCCAGGCGGUCGUCACGCUGGUUCCAGGCCCGGCUCUCAGCGAGGUCUUUGUCAAAGACCGUAAGACUGUUUUUCCAAUCCUGAACCGGAAGGAUUUCAAGGAACUGCGACCUUCUGGGCUCGCGGACUUGCGCAGUCGGCUGGCGUUCCUUGAGAGCGAGUUCUUAGGGAAUAGUUCUGGUCCCUUCUCAAAUGGCAAGGAACCCAGCUUAGCAGACCUGCACGUCGUAUGGCCGAUUUACUGGGCGCUGAAAGCUCUUGGUGCCGGGCAGGAACCCGGCCUUGGGAAAGAUGACUUUCCGAAGGUUUGGGCGAUGAUAGAUGCGUUGCCGGAAGUCAAAGCGGAUACCGUGAGUGCGGACGAUGCAAAGAAGACCAUCCUGGGAAGUGAAUUCCUUAGUUCGAAAAUGGAGGUCGAAAAAAACGAUCCUCUGGCGUCAGAGACGGGCAAGAAAGUGACGGUUGAAAGCCUUGACGCGGAACCAGGUGCACACCCGCAAGUCGGCAAGCUGGUAGGCCUCACUAAGCGUGAGCUCGUGCUUGAGCUGGACAAUGGCAUCCGUUUGCAUUUCCCCAAGGAAGGAUAUGUCGUGAAGGCAGCUUAG